CUGAACACAUUUCACACCGACAGAGAAGAGUGACCAGUACACUCAGCAUUGUAACAGACAGUUCAAUGAUGAUAAUGAUGCUCGCUGUGAUUGCGGCUGGUUUAGGGGUGGCCGCGAUGAUUUUAAGGUUGCUGUCUCCUAGCAUCAGGAAAUAUGCAGCAGGAGCAAUGUGUCGAUCCACAUCACGGUUAGAUGGAAAGGUUGCAUUGAUCACAGGAGCAAAUACAGGAAUCGGGAAGGAAACAGCUUUGGACUUGGCCUCUCGCGGUGCACAUGUAAUUCUGGCGUGUCGUGAUGUGGAGAAAGGUGAAGAGGCGGCGACAGAAAUCCGUACACGAGUGGGUGGGGCUAAGGUGGAGGUGAGAGAGCUGGACCUGGCAGACACCUGCUCCAUCAGAGCUUUCGCCCAGAGAUUUUUGCGAGAGGUGGAUCAUCUGCACAUUCUCAUCAAUAAUGCUGGUGUCAUGAUGUGUCCUUAUAUGAAAACUGCCGAUGGUUUUGAGAUGCAGAUUGGAGUCAAUCAUUUGGGCCACUUCUUAUUGACAUAUCUCCUCAUUGGUUUGUUGAAGCGCAGUGCACCAGCACGAAUCGUGGUGGUGUCCUCACUGGCGCAUAAUUUCGGCUGGAUUCGAUUCCACGACCUGCACAGUCAAGGCAGCUACAACAGUGGCCUUGCCUACUGCCAGAGCAAGUUGGCUAACGUACUUUUCACACGCGAGCUAGCGCGCAGACUCCAUGGGUCAAAUGUGACCGUGAACUCCUUGCACCCGGGGACGGUGAAGUCGGAGCUGGUGCGUCAUUCUACCGCAAUGUCACUGCUGUUUGCUCUCAUUUCGAUGUUCCUGAAGACACCGAAGGAAGGAGCUCAGACGUCCAUUUACUGUGCUGUGGCUGAGGAGCUCCAGUCCAUCUCAGGCAAACAUUUCAGUGAUUGUGCCCCUGCUUUUGUGGCCCCUCAGGGUCGGAGUGAGGAGACGGCACGUAAACUGUGGGAUGUAAGCUGUGAAUUAUUAGGCACUGAAUGGGACUGAGUCAUCUUUUUGACUUGCUUUUCUUCUUUGGUCAAUCCAUGUGGGGUUUUUUUCACACUUGAGUUGUAAACAUUUUCAGUGAUCAUAUUUUUCUCUUUUAUGUCUCUUAUUUCAUUUAGUGUGUGAAAAUAAUUUCAAGUCUAUACUUUCAACUACACAAACCACCUUCAAUCCACCUAGUUCUGCUAAUUUUCCUCCUGUUAUGCCCUUGUGACAAGCAACUUUAACCUGUUUAUUUAACUCUACUUGAAAUCUGUGGACCAUUUAUAACACAUUGUUUUACCCUGGGUUUUAUUCUGUUUGUAUUUUAAACGCCUCUUUAGUUCCCAUCUCAGUAUUCUCACAUGAAGCUGCAUAUUGGAGUUUUUAUACAGAUAUAUGUGAUCAUGCUUUUAACUACUGUGGUACAUUCAUGACCAGAGAUAAAUAUUUAAAUUUAUAAAGUUGGAAAAAUAAA